ACAGGGUCAGAUCUCUUCAGUUUCAGUUCAGUUCAGAUCAGAUCAGAUCAGAUCAUGUGUUUGGAUACUCCACAUGUGCUCCUCAGCAGAACCAUGAACGGGAUCCCACUGUACUAGGCUGUAAGUCGCACUUAAUGGAACUGGGAAUCUGAGGGAUAUACAUAAUGGAUUCCUGGACAUUUUCGUUCUCACCCAGUAACCUCCCCAGCAAACUGUCUGGACUCCCCAUGUACGAUGGCAUCAACAUAUCUGAAGAAGUGCUGAGAAAUGAGACGGACCAGAUCUUGACCAAUACCAGCACGGCCGACAUCACCUUCAUGUACUUUGUGGUGUGUGUCAUCGGUCUGUGUGGAAACGCUCUGGUCAUCUACGUCAUCCUGCGAUACGCCAAGAUGAAGACGGUCACCAAUAUCUACAUCCUGAACCUGGCGGUGGCAGACGUGCUGUUCAUGCUCAGUUUGCCCUUCGUCGCGAUCCAGUUGGUGCUGGUGCACUGGCCGUUUGGCGCAGCUCUGUGCCGCGUGGUCAUGACUGUGGAUUCGCUCAAUCAGUUCACCAGUAUUUUCUGUCUGAUGGUGAUGAGCAUCGAUCGGUACCUCGCUGUGGUGCAUCCCAUAAAGUCCACCAAAUGGAGGAAGCCCCAUGUCGCAAAGACGGUUAAUCUGGUCGUGUGGGUCGUGUCGUUCGUCGUCAACCUCCCAAUCGUAAUCUACAGUGGGCUGAUCACCAAACCCGACGGCUGCUUCUGCACUAUUGUGUGGCCAGAGCCGCAGGAGACCUACUACACCACCUUCAUGUUCUACACCUUCUUCCUGGGCUUCUUCCUGCCUCUGAUGGUCAUAUGUCUCUGCUAUUUGUGCAUUAUCAUCAAGGUGAAGUCCUCAGGAGUCAGGGUGAGCUCCAGCAAACGGAGGCAGUCUGAGAAGAGGGUGACGCGUAUGGUGUCCAUUGUGGUUGCCGUCUUUGUGUUCUGCUGGCUGCCUUUCUACAUCUUCAAUGUGACAUCGGUCACAGGCACCAUUAGCACCACACCUUUUUUAAGGAGCAUGUUUGCCUUCGUCGUGGUGCUAGGAUACGCCAAUAGCUGUGCAAACCCAAUAUUGUAUGCCUUCUUGUCAGAGAACUUCAAAAAGAGUUUCCAGAAUGUGCUGUGCUUGAAAAAAGCGGGUGCUUUGGAUGGGGCUGAACGCACUAGUAGCAAACAGGACAAGCCGCGAAUCAUGAAUGAGCCAACAGAAACUCACAACACUCUGCUAAAUGGAGACCUGCAAACCAGCAUGUGAAAAAGCAAAGGUCAUUGCUCAGCAAACUAUGGAUUUGAAAUCAAUAGGAACUGUGGUCUCUACAAAUAGAGUAAGAGUGACUGUGAAACCAUCAAAUAUGGUUUCCAUUUUAAAGCCCACUGGCUUAGUUUCCCAAAGUUACAAACUCUAAUGGAUUUUUGGUCAUCUUGACAUAUUUUCCAUUCAUUGGUUAAAACCUGUAAAAUACAUUGGUAACACUUUAGUUCAGGGACCAAUUCUCACUAUUAACUAGUUGCUUAUUAGCAUGCCUAUUAUUAACAUAUUGGCUGUUUAUUAGUGAUUAUAAAGCACAUGCUCUGCAUGACUAUAUUGUGCAUCUCUAAUUCUACCCAAUACCUAAACUUAACAACUACCUUACUAUUAAAAA